GUGUCAAAGUUACGAGUCAAGGUGCGCGCACGCAUUUCUUCGCCCCACCGCGCACCGCACGUGUUAACCGUGUUCUAUAAAACCAUACUGCAGGACCAUUGACAUCAAUCAACAGUUGAUAAUUAAACUAGAAACAUGUUCAGCAAAAUCGUAGCUUUCGGCGCCAUGUUGGCUGCAGCCAACGCUGGUCUUUAUGGGCACGCCGUGUCCUCCCAAAGCAUCGUCCGUCACGAUGAGGGCCACUACACCGCACCUGUGGCCCACUACGCCGCACCUGUGGCCCACUACGCUGCACCUGUGGCUCACUACGCCGCCCCUGUUGCUCACUACGCCCCCGUAGAGCAAUACGCUGAACAUGGUCACGAUUAUUAUGCCCACCCUAAAUACGACUACGCCUACUCCGUGGCUGACCCCCACACCGGCGACCACAAGAGCCAGCACGAGUCCCGCGACGGAGACGCCGUCCACGGCUUCUACUCCCUGGUGCAGCCUGAUGGUUCCGUCCGCAAAGUUGAAUACACCGCUGAUGACCACAAUGGUUUCAACGCCGUCGUCCACAACACCGCCCCCGCCGUGCACCCCGCCCCCGCGCACAACUACCACUACUAAAUUAUUAUGAAUUUAAUUGUCUGUACCUGAAUGACUGAAAGCAGUAUUUAUACCUUUGUAUAUGAUGAAUGAGUGCUGUAAAUAAAGUAUGGGUGAAUUUUA